AUGGCGCGCGACGUCGGCGAUCUCAUCGACGUCGACGCGUCGGAGUGCCUGAACGCGACGGACCCGCGGGCGUGGACGUCCGUCCUCGCCCGCGGGACGCUCGGCGAACCCGCGGGCGCGCUCGCGUCGGACGACGACCAUGAAUUGUUAAUUCGCCUCGUCUUCGUCGUCCCGGUGCGCGCGCGCGCGUUGGUGAUCAGAUCGCCGACGACGCGCGCGGACGCGGACGUGAGCGGGGUGGGCACGGUGCGGGUGUUCGUGAACGGGCAGGCGAUGGGAUUCGAAAACGUCGCGCGGAGGAAACCGGCGCAAACGCUCGAGGGCGCGGGCGAACACGCGCUCGACGCGACGGCGUUCGACCGCGUGCGCGCGUUGACGAUAUUCGUCGAGUCGAACGAUAAAGGGACGGCGCGGACGGUGAUUUCGGAGAUUCGAGUCUUCGGCGACGCGCUCGCGUCGACGGACGUCGCGGCGUUGAAACCGUGCUGA